AUGCGAAUAACUCAAAUUGCCGAUGUCGAGCUGUAUGAAAAUGAUAUGUUUCAUGACUUGGCUAGUUACAAUGAGAUCAAUUACCAUUUAUUUCAACUUUACAUUCAAUAUGGUGUUGACAAUACGACAAUAUUCGAGCAACUUUCGCGAAAUGCAUUUUUAUCGUUGCAAUCCGAGACGUACAUUGAACCGCCGUUGUUAACGCCAGAAGAGAAGCGGAGGAAAAUAGCAUCUUCACCGAAAGAUGCGUUAAAGAAGUCACAAUUAGCUGUUAAAAUUGGCGAUGCAGAAACUGUACGGCGGCAUCCAGAAUGUGAAGGACAGUUAUUUAAGCAGCGUAUACGUAUGGAGGGAUGCUCCUCGAAGGUCGUGAUUAACAGAUACUGUCACGGAACGUGCUCAUCCUAUUAUAUUCCAAGGUUACGACCACGAAAACUGAAGUUGAAAGCAAUGUUUCAAAGCUGUUCAGCUUGCCGACCGUCAGAAUAUGACACUAUCGAGGUGAAGUUGGACUGUCCAAAGAAAAAUCCAGCACAUUUGAUACGUCGGGUUGUUAAAGUGAAAAAGUGUUCAUGUAUGGCGUUGAACGUGGAUCAACCGGACGAAAACGAUGAAUUAUUGGGUGAUCGAAGUGGCAGUUUGGUUUGA